CUCUUACAAAACCCCCAAUUCUAUCUCAAAAAUUUCAAAUACAGAUCAGAUAUAUGCAGUAGAUGAUGAGCAAUAUCCCAAAAUCUCUAACAGAUUCUUCUUUUACUCUCUUCAAACUUGCCAUCUCGGCUUCUGAUCCUUGGCCUUUCUCUACUGUUUUCUUAUAACAACCUCUUUCUCCGUAUUUUUUCUUCAAUUUUGAUUCAAACACAAAAAAAAAUGGGUCAUAAUCAUCAUCUCAAUUUCCAUUUUCACGUCCCUCAUAUCCAUUUUCAUCUCCAUCAUCAUCACGGAAAAAGAGAAUUGAAGGACAUACCGAAAGGAUGUUUGGCAGUAACAGUAGGACAAGGUGAAGAGCAACAGAGGUUUGUGAUCCCAGUGAUAUACAUAAAUCAUCCCCUGUUUAUGCAGCUAUUGAAAGAAGCAGAGGAAGAAUAUGGAUUUGAUCAUAAUGGACCUAUUAAUAUUCCUUGUCAUAUCGAAGAAUUUCGACAUGUUCAAGGGAUAAUUGAUAAGGAAACUACUUCUCAACACCAGCAUACUCACAAUAAUCCCUGGUGCUUCAAAGCAUGAUUUCUUCCCAAUACUAUAACUACUUUUUGACUCGAAUUUUUUUUUUGUGUUUGAUUUUUUUUUCUCUCUGUAUCUUUAUUUUUUGCUGUUUCUCAAGAUGUUCAUAUACAUACAUAAUUGUUGUGAAAGACGAUGACGAAAAUUGAAUGAUAUAAUAAUAGUAUUGAGUUUUUGUUG